GCCUGAAACACAAAGUCUGUUUUCCCAAUUGAUCUUUUGUUGAUGCUGGUCGUGAUAAUCCAUUUUUAUUACAUUAUUUAAUCACUUAUGACUCACUGUCUGAAAGAUUAGUGCUUUUGUGACAAAUAUAACUAAACCUCAUGACAUCAAAGUUAGGGAACCCCCCUGGCACCACCAUAACCAUCAGUAGCACUAUUAUCACUGGGCUCGCUGAAGUCUCGCGAUGUUUCCGUGUUGGAGAGCAUAGUGGCGACGAGAACUGGCGUGGGACGGAGUGGAGAGAGUUGUUAUCGAAGAAGAGGGAGAGCAGAGAGGCAGGAGCAGAGCCCGGGGGUGUGUGAGUGUGUUUGUGAGGUCCAAACAGGAGCACAACACGGCGUGAAUGAGAGAGGCAAGCUGGCGGACUUCAACAUGGCAUCCGGAGAUACGCUGUACAUUGAGACAGACGGCUCGGAGAUGCCGGCCGAGAUCGUGGAGCUCCACGAGAUAGAGGUGGAAACGAUACCGGUGGAGACUAUCGAGACCACGGUGGUCGGCGGGGAUGACGACGACGACGACGGGCAGCCCAUGAUCGCGCUCCAGCCGCUGGUCACGGACGACCCCAACUCGAUUCACCACCACCAGGAGGUGAUUCUAGUCCAGACCCGGGAGGAGGUGGUCGGCGGGGAUGACUCGGACCUACACACAGACGGCGGCAGCGGGUUCGAGGACCAGAUCCUCAUCCCGGUACCGGCUCCGGGAGUGGAGGACGAGUACAUUGAACAGACUUUGGUGACUGUGGCUGGGAAGAGCUCAGUGGGUCGGGUGAAACGGGGAGGCGGCACUGGUGGCAAGAAAGCGGGCAAAAAGAGCUAUUUAAGCGGCGCGGAGGCCGGCGGAAGAAAAUGGGAACAGAAGCAGGUGCAAAUAAAGACACUGGAGGGGGAGUUUUCUGUCACGAUGUGGGCAUCGGAUGACAAUAAAGACAUUGACCAUGAGUCGGUGGUGGAGGAGCAGAUCGUGGGGGAGAACUCCCCUCCGGAUUACUCAGAGUACAUGACAGGGAAGAAGCUGCCCCCUGGUGGCAUCCCGGGCAUCGACCUGUCAGACCCCAAACAGCUGGCUGAGUUUGCCAGGAGUUCAGAACCCAAAUAUAGGAAAGCAAAUAUAAACCCCCGAGGAGCUGUAACCAGUGACUUCUUGGCUGUCGCAGUUCAAUCAACUAACAGCCUCAGCUGUAAUAGCUUUGUAAAUGCAGAUCAGCUAAAUGGAAAAAGGAUGAAACCCAGGAAAGUCAAAGAGGACGAUGCUCCCCGAACGAUAGCUUGCCCUCAUAAAGGCUGCACAAAGAUGUUCAGGGAUAACUCAGCCAUGAGGAAGCAUCUCCACACCCACGGACCCCGCGUGCACGUCUGCGCCGAGUGCGGCAAGGCGUUUGUCGAGAGCUCCAAACUCAAACGUCACCAACUCGUUCACACGGGGGAGAAACCCUUUCAGUGUACCUUUGAAGGCUGCGGGAAACGGUUUUCUCUGGACUUCAACCUGCGCACGCACGUGCGGAUCCACACUGGAGACCGACCCUACGUCUGCCCCUUCGACGGCUGCAAUAAGAAGUUUGCACAGUCGACCAACCUAAAGUCUCACAUCCUCACACACGCCAAAGCCAAAAAUAACCAAUGAGAGCCCAUCCACCAGCAUAAAACCAAGCCGACGGGGGAAGGAAAAAAAAACGACAACAACAAAAGAGCGGCACACGUAAAAACCUCUUUCAAAGACGGAAUGAAAAGCUCGAGACUUAUUGAUUUAUAUCAAAGAAAAAAAUCAGACAGAUUAAGACACUGAAAUUCAGCUAGUAUUCCUGCGUCCCCUUUCUUCUGCUGUCAUAUUGGAUGAGAAACACAGUGACUAUUCCCCAAAGCCCCCCCGGCCAACACAGUCCCUUUGUUUCUCCAGUGGCACUCGGCUGCCAGAAGAUGGAACUCAUGGACAAACAUCAGAGACUUAUUUUUACCAGAGUGAGGAGAGAAGCAGCAAUCUAUUAGUAUUUUUAUUUUCUCACCUUGCUUUUAUUUUCCUCAAGUGUGCAUAUUGUACACUUGACCCAGGCUAUGUUUAGUAAAAUUGUGAUUUUCUUUUUCUUUUUUUUUUCCCUCCUGCAUUAUGAGAUCGUACCUAUGAUACAAAAAGGCGCCUGCCUUGCGUGACCUGUUUCACAUGUAUGAGAAGUUUAAAAAAAAAAACGGCUGUAUGUUUGCAUUUCCAUACCUUCGGUUGUAUUUUUCUCUAACCACAAAAUAACCUUGUAUACUUGUAUUGUAUGGCUGUAUUGAAAUUACGUAGACCUAGAUAGAGGUGUGAUUUAAAGUGUUAACCAAUUAAACUUUUAGUCAUGAGUUGCUUUAUAUUUUCUAUGAACUGUCUUUACACAGAUGAAUGAGUAAUAUAAAUGUACUCAGAGCGUGUCUCAGUUAAAGUAUCUGAAGCGUACAUUGAACUGACUGCGAGACCAUCACUUUCUUUUAGAAUGUAAUGUACAGACGUCAACCAUUAACUUCCUUUGUUGAUAUUUACACCCAUGUAUCUCAACUGCCCACAAUAAAAUGGGUCAUUCCAACCCUGUCGAAAUACA